GGUGUGGGAGCCGUGGGGAUCGGCGGUGCGAGUUGCUGUAGCUGCUAUGGGCAAGAAAGACCGGGCUGACCGUGAUAAAAAGAAGUCCAAGAAGCGGCACUAUGAGGACGAAGAAGAAGAGGAGGACGACCUCCCUGGCAUCGAGCCUCAGGAAGCGGUCCCUUCGGCGGCCGGCAAGCAAGUGGAUGAGUCUGGCACCAAGGUGGAUGAGUACGGAGCCAAGGACUACCGGCUGCAGAUGCCGCUGAAGGACGACCACUCCUCCAGGCCCCUCUGGGUGGCUCCUGAUGGCCACAUCUUCUUAGAAGCCUUCUCUCCAGUUUACAAAUAUGCUCAAGACUUCCUGGUGGCUAUCGCUGAGCCAGUGUGCCGACCAACCCACGUGCAUGAGUACAAACUAACUGCCUACUCCCUGUACGCAGCGGUCAGUGUGGGACUGCAGACCAGUGAUAUCACCGAAUAUCUCAGGAAGCUCAGCAAGACAGGCGUCCCUGAUGGAAUUAUGCAGUUCAUUAAGCUGUGUACUAUCAGCUACGGAAAAGUCAAGCUGGUUCUGAAGCACAACAGGUACUUCGUUGAAAGCUCCCACCCUGAUGUCAUUCAGCAUCUUCUCCAGGAUCCAGUGAUUCGCGAAUGUCGCCUGAGGAAUGCCGAAGGGGAGACUACCGAGCUCAUCACAGAGACUUUCACAAGCAAAUCAGCUAUCGCUAAGACUGCUGAGGGCGGCAGUGGGCCCUCCACUUCUCAGGUGACAGAUCCACAAGGAAAAUCUGAGAUCCCCACCGACCUGUUUGACUUUUAUGAGCAAAUGGACAAGGAUGAGGAAGAAGAAGAAGAGACACAGACAGUAUCUUUUGAGGUCAAGCAGGAAAUGAUUGAGGAACUCCAGAAACGUUGCAUCCACCUGGAGUACCCUCUAUUGGCAGAAUAUGACUUCCGGAAUGAUUCUGUUAACCCUGACAUCAACAUUGAUCUGAAACCCACAGCUGUCCUCAGACCUUAUCAGGAGAAGAGUUUGCGGAAGAUGUUUGGGAAUGGACGUGCACGGUCUGGAGUCAUUGUUCUUCCUUGUGGUGCUGGGAAGUCCCUGGUCGGUGUGACAGCUGCGUGCACUGUCAGAAAACGCUGUCUGGUGCUAGGCAACUCAGCAGUGUCCGUGGAGCAGUGGAAAGCCCAGUUUAAAAUGUGGUCCACCAUUGAUGACAGCCAAAUCUGCCGCUUCACCUCUGAUGCCAAGGACAAGCCUAUUGGCUGCUCCAUUGCCAUUAGCACCUAUUCCAUGCUGGGCCACACCACCAAAAGGUCCUGGGAGGCUGAGCGAGUCAUGGAAUGGCUCAAAACUCAGGAGUGGGGCCUUAUGAUCCUAGAUGAAGUCCACACCAUCCCAGCUAAGAUGUUCCGACGAGUGCUCACCAUCGUGCAGGCCCACUGCAAGCUGGGCUUGACAGCCACGCUUGUUCGGGAAGACGACAAGAUUGUUGACUUAAAUUUUCUGAUCGGGCCCAAGCUCUAUGAAGCCAACUGGAUGGAACUGCAGAACAACGGCUACAUCGCCAAGGUCCAGUGUGCUGAGGUUUGGUGCCCGAUGUCUCCUGAGUUUUACCGGGAAUAUGUGGCAAUUAAAACUAAGAAACGGAUCUUGCUGUACACCAUGAACCCCAACAAAUUCAGAGCUUGCCAAUUUCUGAUCAAGUUUCACGAAAGGAGGAAUGACAAGAUCAUUGUCUUUGCUGAUAAUGUCUUCGCCCUGCAGGAAUAUGCCAUUAAACUGAAUAAACCCUUUAUCUAUGGCCCUACAUCCCAAGGAGAAAGGAUGCUUAUUCUCCAGAAUUUCAAGCACAAUCCCAAAAUCAACACCAUCUUCAUAUCCAAGGUGGGUGAUACGUCGUUUGACCUCCCAGAAGCAAAUGUCCUUAUUCAGAUCUCAUCUCAUGGUGGCUCCCGGAGGCAGGAGGCCCAGAGACUUGGACGAGUGCUCCGAGCCAAAAAAGGCAUGGUUGCAGAGGAGUACAAUGCCUUCUUCUACUCACUGGUUUCCCAGGAUACACAGGAGAUGGCUUACUCCACCAAGCGGCAGAGGUUCUUGGUAGACCAGGGUUAUAGCUUUAAGGUGAUCACGAAGCUUGCGGGCAUGGAAGAAGAAGACUUAGCAUAUUCAACGAAAGAAGAACAGCAGCAGCUCCUUCAGAAAGUCCUGGCUGCCACAGACCUGGAUGCUGAAGAAGAGGUGGUGGCGGGAGAAUUUGGCUCUAAGUCCAGCCAGGUGUCUCGGCGCUUUGGCACAAUGAGCUCCAUGUCAGGGGCUGACGACACCGUGUACAUGGAAUACCACGCCUCACGGAACAAAGCUUCUACUAAGCACGUGCACCCACUUUUCAAGCGCUUCAGGAAAUGAUGCUCAGGGUCUCCGCAGUGAAGACUGUGGACUGGGGGCCACCGCUGGCAAUGGAUUUUCUCUCU